UUCAAAAAUUUAGUACUGAAACUACCCAUAUCACCCAGUGUUGCAAUUUACAGUGGAAUAUCAAAUGAAGCAAAAGACACCAAUUUCUAUAUUUGGCAGAAACUCAGCAUCAUCACACAGCGUUUGCAAGCACUUGUGUGAGACGGAGACAUGGUGAAGUGCUUCUUAAUCCACACCUUGUGCCCUGUAAGCACACUGUCUGCCAAAGAGAGCAGAAUCCUCUACUGUCGUGUUUUUGAGCCAAUGGACCAGUUAUCGGGAAUGAACACAGACAUAAUUCCAGAAGAGAAACGCCUAUUAGAAAAAGAGAAGUUGGCUACAAUAGCAAGGCAGGUACAGAGCACAUGUAGCCUCUGGAGGGAGGCAAGGGGACAGCCCUCUGUAGAGCCGGUGCUGGGAGAAGAGGCUAGGGCGCUUGAGGAAGCAGACAGCGGGAUGCUGCGCCUGCCAGUAGGGGAUCCCUUUCCAGAGGAGCAUUUCUUGCUGUGGUUGGGCGUCCAUGCACUGGGCUUCUCUAUGGUAUGCCAAGCUGAUGACAACCUGCUGCUGGCAGAGGGGACCUUACGGAGCCUGGCCUCCCAUUGUCUGGAGAGUCUACGCCUUUUGGCGCCAGGCAGUGAGGUGCUGCUGAAGAGUGACCGCAUAGAGGCACUGCUGCAUCACCUGGUUCCCCAUGGACAGCUGCUCUUCAUUAACCACCGCUUUGCGCAGAGCCUCGACAAGGAACUGACGGCCUGCAUGGCUAAAUAAAGGAUAUUACCAUGGUGACAAAUA